UCCAGCAAAAUGUCAGGGCCACAGGGAACAGCUGUGUCAGCACAUCUGGGGACUGUCCUGGGCUGGGAUGCCCCAGGAGUGUGGAGCCCCUCCCUGCCCCCCAGAAUGUGCCCUGUGGGGCAUCCACAGGCAUGGGUGGGAGUCAGAAGCUGGCCCUAUCCCUCCGGCUCCUCCUGGUUCUUCUCACCGUAUGUGUACCCCACACUCGGUGCCCUGGGCCCCGAUCUCAGGGACGUACCAAAGACCAAGGAGACAUUUGCUCACCAGGCUGCCCUGGUGAGUCCGUGCGCUCCCCUCACUGGCAGUGCGCCUGGGCUGAGGGCCUGCGGGUAUGCUGGGGGAGGGGGAGGGCUUGGACUCAGCCUUUCUCUUCGAGACCCAAGCUCUGAAGGAAGGGGGACAGCCAACAGACUAGCAGUAAAGUUUAAGUCCCACCCACCACCUCCCCUGCCCACCCACAGCCCCCCUGUCCAUGGCGUAUGCCCACGGGAGUCCUCUAGUUCACCUGUCAGAGAGGCACCACCCACCUCCACCUUAGCAAGGCGGCCCCUGGGCGAGCCCUGGUGCCCUGGAGGGGGGAGGUGCCUGCCUUCCGUAGCGCCCCGGGGUACAGCAGUAGGUGGGUGGCAGGAGGAAGAGUCUGGGAGGCCCCACUCGGCUCCUUUGACUGAGGCUCAGUUCUCCCUGCCCCAGGGCACCAGGCAGGGCCAGUACCAAGGCUCCUGGAGGAAACCUGUGUGCCCACUUGGGGGGCACAGAUCCAUGAGCUGCACGCCUGCCCCAUGCUGUCUGUCCGCGUCUGCUCUCCUCCCCCGGCCCUUGGCGCCCGCACCAUGCUGCCAGCAGCACCUCCCACCCCCCGCCCUGGGAACCUGCCCACUGUGCUUGUCCAUCUGCCCGCGCUGUUGUUCAUUGUGGUGGAGUCCAGGCUGGGAGGCGGCGGGCUCCCGGGGCCUGGCCCGUGCUGUCUGCUCGUCUCCGAGCCCCUGGCCACCUCCCUCCUGGACCCACAGCCUCAGACGGCCCUUCCCCAUUUUGCCCUCCACAACCUCCCCAACUGGCAGUUCUGGGGGAGGAUUUUGUUUGUUUCUCUGCAAAAACAAAAACAAAAAAAAACAAGAGCAGCAUUCAGCUUUGUAGGGUUGGCUCUGUUUU